ACAAAAUCCCUUAAGCACUAAACAAGAACACGUAUUUAGAAGAUCAUGCAUAAUGGAUAUGCAGGACCGUUAUGUUUGCCCAUGUACUCAAGAAAACAACAUGUGCAACGCGGGCGAGAUUAUUGAUGAAUUUAUUAUUAGAAACCAUUCAAUAUCAUUAAGUUCAUCUGAUUGACAACAUUCUUUGGUUCUUCCAUAUAAAGAGAGUGCCCGUCAAUCUAUGUUGCAUGCAUUGCUUCGAAGUGUGUUGCGCAUUAUUGGAAUACAUCAUCUUUUGAAACAAAAAAAAUCUUGUGCGUUGGACAACAUGUGUUACUCGGGAAUAGCGUAUAGUCUCAAAGUUUCGAUGAACCAAUAGUGGUAUUUGACAUUUCAGUCCUACAUGGAUGGCUCCCAUAUCUAAUACCUAGUGGCAGCGUGAAUGGUGACCUGAUCUUGGAGCGCAGCAUGACCUCUAAAGCAGGCAAUCUUCUUGUGAGUGUGGUAGGAGAAGGGAAGCCGGUCUAUAUGUGGAAGAGAAAGUGCAAUAAACAAGAUGCUUCUCCUGGACUUCAAUCGAAGAACUCGGGAAGCUUUGAAAGGAGUGAGAGACGACAAAUCUGUAAAAACAGAGAUGGGCGGAAAGAAAACCGGAGAAACCGCUUUGUUUCAACUAUCACGGAACUUAAAGGAAGACAAGAAGCAAGAGGGAUGCUGUACGAAAAGAUCGAACAAAAACUUGAGACGGAUCAUGCCGAUCCGGAAUAUGCCGUCAAACGUGCCGAUUACGACUGCCAAAGGAAUCUUGCCACAAUUCCUGACACCAAUUCAGAGCGAUCCAUAACACCUUUGAGUGAUACUGUGGUGUCAGACGGAACACUUAUAACCGAGCUUAGCCAUAUCAAUGAUAGUUUCAGUUACUGUGAUAUAGUUGGCCAGGCUGCUCAACCACUUAGUUCCGAGUCUCACCGCAGUAUUGGAAAACACUCACGAAACAUUGCGCUAAGAAAUGCAGCUGUGAAUAGUGGUUCACACCUGAAACAUGGUUUAGACAAAAGGGACACAAGUGCGGAUUUUCACCGCGAAUCAAUAUCAGAAUGCCUUUCCCAGCCCGCAAGCAUUACGAAGAGAACAAACGUAGGAGAUGAAAAAUCAGCAAGGGUUCCCGGAUCAGAUCCUUUUGCAGACCAUGACUCCGUUGGCGAAUGUAGUAGCAGUACCUCUUCUGUAGCCGAUGAGGUAACGCAUCGGCAACAAGAAGUGCCUACUUUGAUGAAGCGCGUGGAGGACAGUAGCGGGAACAAGAAGGCAAAUGUCAAUGGGCAUCGAACGCAGCGGCCGGCAUCAGCCAGGGCGUCCCUCGAGCACCACUACCGGCAUCGGAAGAAUAAGAUUCUUGAUGAGAUGAGAGUUCAUCUCCAUAAGAGGGUAAGGGCAAGGAGAGAUAAAUCAAUCGUUGGUGACGAUAUCUUCCAGCGACAGAUGAAGAGCGGCUUCUGGACCUCCGAGGUCCUUUAUCAUCAAUGGGGAAACAAUAUCCUGACAAUGCGGACAACGUGGAAGGAGAACACAUCCCAAGAGUUUGUUCGGUCCGACCCUGAAGAACACCAACCGCCGAUUCGACUACGGUCUCGACGUCAGGCCAUCUCUGUUGACAGAGACAAACGAUCACCGUUGUCUAUGAACACGAUGACGUUUAUGGCUCCGAUGGAUGAAGAGGAGCAGUCAAGAAAUGUACACACACUGGACUCUAGGCGGCGCUCUUCAAAUCUCCCGGUUUACAAUAAGGAGCGUAGUUACUCCGUUGAUCAAGGAAUGCCGAUUAGAUUAGAUCUUCAGGAAGAUGCGGAGACUAGGAAAAGAAGGUUGAAGGCGCUCUUCAAAGACACAAUCAUCAAAGUCUGUCGCAUCACGACGGUAAUGCUGCAUAUGAUUGAGGCAUCCAAGGCGAGUACGUACUCGGGCCUCAUGGCAUCACUGCACUUCUCAAAAGCUGACGGUUCCGAUGAUCCAAAGAAUUUCAACAAAGACCACUAUUCCCGGAAAUAUGCAGAACUCCACGUACCUCGUUGGGCGAAACAAAUCGCAGCAAAGGAACCCUGGGAGCGAACGCCGGAAGAGAUUAUACGACUUUACGGAGUGAUGCGGAACAUGCGCAGUUUCGAGAAGUUUACCCGACGGAUGCGUAUGGAAAUAUGCCGGGCAGCAAGAUACAACGAAUGUGGAAAGGGUCGUGUCAUUGUUCGGCAGGGUCACGUGGGAUUCAACUUUUAUUUCAUCUUUUCCGGAUCUGUUUUUGUUCAGCUUGAUAUCCUUGACGAAUCAUCCGGUAUUAUGACUACCAGUAAUGUCAACACACUCAGAAGAGGGUCUUCAUUCGGGGAAUUAGCUUUGCUAAGUAACGGCGAACGUACGGCCUCUGUCAUCUGUCGAGAAAACACCGAAAUAUUCGAGAUCGAGAAGGAAACAUUUUUGGAAGUUUGUCCAGAUAUUUUUGAUAACGAACUAGCUGAGAAGAUACAAGUUGCAAAUGAACUAUCAUUCUUCAAAUCGUGGCCCGAGGAUCAACUGCGUAGACUGUGCUUCGAGUCGCCCAUCCAGGAAAUUGACUUUGGGAAGGUGGUUGAGGCGAACCCCGGGACGUCGGAGUAUUGCUAUGUCGUUCUUGAGGGGAAGGUGUCUCUCCUAAAGGAAUGCAACCUGGUACAGGCCCUGACCCAACACUGCAAGGAAAUGAUGUCCAAAAACCUUGCUUCUGUCACAAAUAAAGAAAAUUAUAUGGAUAGCGCCCUCAACGGGAAGAUCAUGGAAAAGUUAAAAGCUCUUCUAAUACCCGAGUGGACAAAGAAUGGAAAAUGUCAUAUGUCGAUUGGAUUGAUGUCUGUUGGACAUGCAACCGAUCUCCUUCCAAUUAAGCUUCGUGACCGGGAGCAGCUGACUGGGGUCACUCUUGUUAGCCGCGGUUGCCGUAUAAUGAGAGUCACCAAACAGCGAAUAGAGAAGAUGGCUCCCAAGGAAAUACUCGAGAUCUUCCGACAGAAACACAAUACCGUACUCCCAACCCCUUCAAACGAAGAGCUCUUCGAGCGCUUCCUCGUAGACAUUGCAUGGAAGCACUAUCGGACUUACGUCACAAAGAACUCAACAGAGAAAGUCUCUCGGGGAAGGGAAAGCACGAGGUCCAUGUGGCUCGCCAACUACCUCGUGACGAAUGCUCUACUCAGGGACAAAAGAGGGCGCCUUGCGGUGAAGGAACGAUUACGAGAAAUCCAAGAACGGCAUAAGAGACGAUCGGAAGUAGAAGAUGAAGACGAAAAUGAGGAAUCCGAAGAAGACCAUGCUAGGAUGAUCCAUCUAAACAAAGUAAAGAAAGGAACAUUGUCAACAUCAUUUAGUCAGAUUGAGGAAGCGUGCAAUAUAUGACUACGUUCUCCGGGGCCACGCCUUACUAAGAGUUGCGAUUGAUCCGAUCAACCAUAACUAUGGAAAACCAACGAUGUCUACAUCUGAAAUGCCUAUUUAUUCAAAACGCUUUCUAGAUAAUUGUAAUCAUGGUAAUGAUGUGUUUUCAAAUGUUGAUUGUUUUCUUGCUAAUUCAGUAUGCUCCUUUUUGUUUACAAAGGACAUUUUGCACAUUUCCUGAAGAAAAAUGAUGACAUUGAUGGAUUUCCAUAUAGUUGAGGUUGAUUGGAUCAAUCGUAACUCUUUGUAAGACGGGGCCCUGGCAUUAAUUGUAAAUACUAUAUAAACCCGAGAAAACAGAUUUCCAGAGAAAUGCUGUUAGUUUAUUGUUAGUUUAAUACAUAAUAAACAAUUGAUAGGUUUUGACAUCGUUUUGUUAAGACGAAAGAUUUGAAAUAGUGAAUUCAAGAAUGAAGCUCGUCCUAUUUUUUAAAUUGUUGUAAUGAGCGAAGCUUGCUUGGAAAACUAGGGCUGUGGUUUCUUGAAUUCCGAAUAGUUUUGUCUAACUUCAGAAAACACAGUACAUACUCAUGAUAUAUCACGGACGUUAUUUUCCUGAGACGUUGUUUUCCCGCCAUUGGAAUAGGGUUUCGUCCGUUAUAGACUACUAGUACUCAUGAAUAUUCAUAAACACGAAUGGUUUAUUUGGAAAAUGAAUUAAAACGACUCGAGCAACUCGUCAGGCAAUGUGAUAAUCUUUACGCUUGCAAUGGCAAGGUUUCGAGCCUCAGUGUGGGCAAGAACUUUGUUAUUAUAAAGUUUGCCCAUAAAUUAUCAUUUUUUAUGCAAUUUUGCUCUGUUUUUAUAUUCAAUUGAAGUGAGACUUAAAAAAAAUACAUAUCCUAGACUUGGAGCCUGAUUUAAUGUGGUCAAAAAGGAUAUCUGUGGUAAAAAAUGUAAAGGUUGCAAAAAACAAGUUAUCCCCAAACCACUAGCAGACUAGUAGAAAUAGAAAGGAUGCAUUAUUUCGACCUGAAUUAAGCACCACGCUCCCUUAAUACCUGGAAAAUGUCUAUUAUAAUAUUUAUUGUUUCUAUUUUUCAUUACCGACAUUGUGCGAAAUAUAGAUUUUCUCUUAAUAAAAAAAGAACAGUAGCGCCGCAUUUACGAAUUAUAUUAACUUUUAGUCCUGAUCAAGGUGCUUCGAAUUUAAAUUACUAUUCUUUGAAUUUAAUUCAGUAUUAUUAUAUAGCAUGAGUUUUGUAAAUUAUUUUAUGCAUGUUCAAAAGAAAAACAAUAUUUCGUCGUGGAAAAUUAAUUGAUGAAAAAUUUAUGCGAAGGUACAGCAGUGGCAGAUGUAGGCGCGUAUGGGUUUAUGCCCCCACCUGGGGCUCUCAAAAAUAAUUUUAAAAAGGAGCGUGGGAUCAAACUCCAACACCGAUUCCACGUUUACGAGAGUUGCGCAAGCAGAUCAGUGGCGGAUCUACGGGGGAAAGGGGGGGGGGGAUUGAGGGGCGGUAGGACACAUUACUUCGCAACCAACCUGUCAACCCCCCCCCCCCCCUCUUAGCAAAAAGAUAGAUCCGCCACUGGGCUGGACGCUGACGCGAUGCACAGUACGUCAGGAAAUAAUAAUGAUAAUAAUAAUAUAGGAUUUGUAUAGCGCACGUAUCCACCUUGCUAGGUGCUCAAUGCGCUCCUAUAUUACCCCGGCUAAGCCAGUCUACCGAUUCUGGUGCGCACAGCUUUUUGAGGAAUUACUUCCUGCUGGUACCCAUUUACCUCACCUGGGUCGAGUGCAGCACAGUGUGGAUAAAUUUCUUGCUGAAGAAAAAACACGCCAUGACUAGGAUUCGAACCCACGACCCUCUGUUUGAAAGGCGAGAGUCAGAACCACUAGACCACGACGCUAUAUAUUUAACACGAUAUAUUUAAUUAUAAAUAUAACUCGCCAUGCAUAUUACAUGCAAACAGAUCAAAAACAUUUUAAGUGUAAGUUGGAUCUGUAGGACUUCAUGUUGAUUACUCUACUUGUACAAAUUUGAUAACUUAUCCUGUAUGUACAUUAUUAAAUGCAUUAUUUAAUUA